AUGCUCCGGCACUAUAACCACCUGUUGCGUGCUGUCAAAGUGGCUCCGUCAGUCCAAGUGAGGUAUACUCAGCCUUUACUUUUCGGAGGUAUAGCAGGCAAGCUCAGCCCCUGGAACUCAACAUGUCGAGGGUUCUCGAGUACAAACUCGAGGAGUAUGAUUCCCGUGGCACCAAUACCGUUUGAUGACCCAUUAGGGGGGGAUGAAGAGGACCCUAAAAAGAAAAAAGAUUCGAAAAAGGAGACUGGGCGUGGAUACGACAUAUUUAUGAAAUGCUUAGAGACUGCUGGAAUCAUGGUGGCUUCGUUGUCAAUGUUAGGCCUGGCUGGAUUGAUAUAUCACAGGACAUAUAAAGAAAGGGCUUUAACAAAGAUGUCGAACGCGUUCACAGAAGGAAAUCCGGCAUUCGAGCUCUCCAUGCACCAAAAUGGCGAAGAUGAUCGUAAUGAUUGGUUAGUACCUGCAUCGACAUAUUCCUAUAACAUGAUUCAACUAACUGCUAGCUAG